AUGUUGACAGUGCUGCUACUGGCCAUCGCGUUGUUCUUUCGGGAAAAAACCCUGGCCGCUCCUUACGUCAGAUGCAUUUUCUCCCUCGCCAUUCUAUGCAGUGCAACCCACGCCGUCGUCUCCCCGCCUCCCUUCUUCUCGACCUUUUUCAAAUACACCAAUGCCUUCUUAUCGGGGGCCUAUGUCAUUCGCGCUAUCGAACUGCUGCUCGUCUAUGAUCUGCCUCACUUGAAGCGUCUUGGCAGAGCCACCGCGUCGGCCUCUCCGCUCAAGUAUGUCUGGAAACCCUUUCCGACCGCGUUGGGCGUAAAGCGUUUUCUGUGGAUCUGCGAUCUCCUCGUCAAUCCACGGGCCAUCGGUUGGAGUUAUGGCCCCGUCCGAUAUCUGCCACCCCUGCGCGAUUACCAUCAGAGCAAGAGGGUCUUCGAUGACGUCAGCGUCGUAGACCAAGACGCCGAGGAACCUCUGGCAACUUUCGUCAAAAGGCAAUUCCAGCGCAUUCUUUUUGGUUACUUUAUCUUGGACGCGUACCAGACGACAUUCGGGAGAAAUUAUCUGCGACUUUGUGAGACUCUCGCGAUCGCAGCAUCUGCCGGCUGGGGGACCCAUCUAUCCACGGAAGCCACUGAAAUCCUGGUCCGAACAUACCUCUUCGGUCCGGUCUGCUGGCUCACCUCAUACGCUUUUGUUGACGGGGUUCAUGCCUUCUUUGGUCUGGUUGGUGUUGGCGUUUUCGGGAGCAUCUCUCCCAAGCUUUCCGCAGAACCAUGGAUGUAUCCGUCGUUGUUUGGACCAGUGCAGUCUCUGCUCACGUUCAGGUUGCGAGAUAUCUGGGGCAAGUUCUGGCAUGACCUCUGCCGGCGCCCCUUCCUCGCCCUGUCUGUCUCCCUCAUCCCCAAAUCCACGCCUCCGUAUCUGAAACAGCUCGUGGUGCUAUACACCUCGUUUACCCUCUCCGGCAUCAUCCACGCCCUCGGUUCCUAUGCCGUCUCUCGUAACGCGCACGCAGCCGGUAUGAUGAUGUUCUUCUUCUUCGUCCUGCCUACCUGCAUCGCCUUGCAGCAGAUCUAUUUAAGCGAGCUAUUGCCUCGUUUAUUGCCCCGGAACCGCGUCUCUCGGGCCAUGAUCUUGGUCCUAGACGCGUCGUUCGUGUGGGCCUGGGCGAAUCUGACCUGUCCCUGGUUCAUUGAAUAUAGCAUGUUGCCGCAGUCGAUGGCGUCGAUUCCGAUGCCGUUUAGUUUCUGGGGUUGGGUCGGUCGUAAUCAAAGCCUUGUUUUGGCAGGAUAG